AGUGGUGCUUCAAAUAAGACGCGCGUAACCACUCGCUUUGUUGUUAGUUGGAAGGUUCUCGUUAAUUUUGUUGUAAAAAGUUGCAUGAAAUAACAUGAGUUCUAGAAUAGAAAAUGAAGGCGGAAAUACUAUUUUACAUAAGUUAAUGAAGCUACCUGUAGUUCGUUCGACCGUAGAUGUCGUUCAAGAAACCUACAUAAAUAUCAAACAUAAGAACAAAGCUUUUGAACUAUUUAUAGGUGCGGCAGAAUCUAGUGUUUGUCGAGUGACUUCAGGACUGUCGCCGUUAGCUCGCGUGGGGUUUGUUCGCGAGUCUUUGGAAUACGUAGACGCUGGUUUCUGUAUUUGGCUAGAUGGAAUACAAAGAAAACAUCCUUUACUUGCAUCUCCGACAGAAAAGGUUUUGGCCUACGCAAAGGAGUACGGCGAAGACACCUUAUCAAGUGUGGCUACCAAGGUUUUUCAUGUAGCUCCUGCGCAGUAUAUGCUCAGAAUCACCGAUAGGAUACUUGGAAGAGCUGAGAAAUGGAUGAGAAACAACAAGCAAAAGGCACUGCUAAUUCGAUCAUUUCGUCGAACACUGAGAAGACUACGAAGAAAUGCAGCUAAGCAGCGCCAUCUAGCUGUGAAAAACUCAAAGAAGGGAAGGGAGAUUGUAACUCCAAAGAAAAAGGUUGGAUUUUCGUACCGGCUUUUAAGUUUGCCAAGAUGGAUUCUGAGAAGGCUAGGAGUGGUCUCUGUAAGCAAUUGUCAGUUGACCAUGCCAUCGUCAAUAGACAGCAAAAACGAUAACUUUCAUAAAAGUCCAGGAGCUAAACGUAAAUAUGAAGCUAUAGAAUCUGGAAGUGAAGACGGUGAAGGAUUGGAGAUGCUGGCCAAAAUAGACGAGUAUGUUUCUUCAGAAGAUCCAGAUUAUGUUCCUUCUGAGGAAGAGAGCACAGACAGUUUAGAAUACCAGUCUGAUGUAGAGGACGAAGAAAUUCCUGCUACAAACAUUAAAGAAGAUGAGAAAAUGGAAAAAGCUGCUAAUGAAAAUUUGAACAAGUCUGAAGAAAAGGAUUGUGUGCCUUCAGAACAGCCAAAUAGUCCAGAAGAUCAAAAUACUAAUGAUCGGGUGCAAGAAGAUGCUGCAGCUCUGCCAUCUGAAGAGUGAAUGUUAUUUUGCUGCUUUGCUUUACUGGAAUCAUCUCUAGCUUGUUAUCCUUUGUCAUGCAAUUGUAAUAAGCAGUUUUGCAAAUUCUACUUCAUCUUUUAAAAGUUAAGAAUGGAAUUUAUGCUUUAACUACUAAUUUCUGAGUAACGUACAUUACACAACAAAUCGGAUGACCAGAGUUUAAAUACAUUUUAUUUUAAAAUACGAAGUAUCUUGUUAAAAUAAAUAUUUUUGGCCGAGUGUCUUACAGAAUGCAAGUUUACUUUUGGAUUUGAAAGCGGAGUUACAUAAAUAUAUAGAUACGGAAUCUUGUCAGCACUGCCACGUGGUGGCUAUAGGAGUAACUACUAUAAACGGUUGUCUAGUUUAUUUGGUGUUUUAUCAAAAUCUUGCAUUGCCUAUGAUUUCAAGAUUCAUUAAGAGGCUAUUUCACAUGGUAAUUGUGAUACUUGAAGAAUAUUAAAUAAUAAAUGUGAAUGUUUUCAUGAAUAACAGUACUUAUAUUCAUAAUUCAGUAACAACUCUUGAUAUUCGUCCGUUCCAUACGCUUACCCACAGACACAAUCUCUAAAACAUCAAUGUAUUUUUUGUUUUGUAUCUUUAUCCCUCUCUCAAUCAAAUAUUACCAUGAAAUAACCUUUAACUUAACAGAACGUAAGUUGCAAAUGUCGCAAGAAUCUGGAAUACUAUUUAACUAGCUGCUU